AUGCUCUGGCGCUUAUGCGCAAACAUAGUUCACCGCACCCGGCCUCGCCUGGCCAAGGAGUUCUCCACUUUUGUCUCUGACCCCCGGUGGCCGGGAUGGCAAGCGGUCAUCGGGAUUGAGGUGCACGCACAAAUUAGAUCUCGAGCCAAGUUAUUUUCUCCAUCUAGUAAUUCCCAGGACAUUUCUCCGAAUGCCCACGUCUCCUUAUUUGAUGCUGCUUUUCCCGGGACUUUACCCGUUCUCAACAGACGAUGUGUAGAUCUCGCUGUGCGGACGGCUCUGGCACUAGGCUGUGAUAUUCAUCAACGCUCUUCUUUCGAUCGGAAGCAUUAUUUCUAUGCCGACCUGCCCAGCGGAUAUCAAAUCACGCAAAAGUAUGCUCCACUCGCGCGGAAUGGACGCGUUUCCGUGGACGACACCGGUCGUGUUGUUCGUAUUGAGCAGAUACAGCUUGAACAGGAUACAGCGAAGUCCACAAAAUCGCCGGGCGCCGAAUUUUGGCGUAUAGAUUUGAACCGGGCUGGCGCGGGCCUCAUGGAAAUUGUAUCAUUACCUGACAUGCGCACUCCUGAAGAAGCUGGAGCAUACGUCCGCAGCCUCCAGGCUGUGCUUCGAGCAGUUGGAGCGAGUGACGGGAAGAUGGAACAAGGUUCAUUGCGCUGUGAUGUCAAUGUGUCCAUCAAUAGGGAAGGGGAACCCUUUGGCACGCGUUGCGAAAUCAAAAACUUGAACAGCGUCAAAUUCCUCAUGUCCGCCAUCCUCUCAGAGGUGCAACGACACAUUUCGCUGCUAUCUCUCGGCCGCUCCAUCGCUCAAGAAACUCGAGGAUUCGAUGAAGAACGCGUGGAGACCUACACUCUGCGCAGUAAAGAAGAUGCACCGGACUAUCGAUACAUGCCCGACCCUAAUCUCCCCCCUCUCAUCCUAACGGAGGGCUAUAUCAAACAAAUCGCAAAAUCCAUGCCCGAACUUCCGCAUGCCAUUCGGUCCCGAUUGCAAUCACAAUAUGGCAUCAGCGCCCGAGACACCGAUAUUCUGAUGUCAAUUGAGUCAGGCACCGAUGUUGGAUUUGACGGUGAACCAUCCAGAGGCGGAGCGGUGAGCUACUUUGAGCAGGUAGCAAAACAUUGCAACCCUAAAGUGGCAAUUAACUGGCGCGUCCCAUGUGUAUUGAUCACACAUGAGCUUGUAGGCCAACUGGUGUUUCGAGACGAACCAUUCAGCGCGAACCCAGUCACCGUCACGGCCAUGCGCGAUGUCCUCUCCUUGUUGAAGAACAAAACGCUCACAGGCACUUCAGCGAAAACAUUGAUCCGCCAUAUUCUCAAUACCAAGACGACGAAACCGGUUGCGGUACUCGUGCAAGAGUUAUCUCUCCAAGCUUCCUCGCCAGAGUCCCUGGAAAAACUAUGUCAAAAUGCCAUCGAUGCCCUCCCUCAGGAAUCCGAGGCAGUCCGUAAGGGAAACCAAAGAGUUCUCAUGAAACUUGUUGGGCGCGUCAUGAAACAUAGUCGAGGCACAGCGAACGCCAAGGACGCAGCGGCUACGUUGAAGCAAAUGCUGUCAUGA